AUAACAGAUGAUUCAUGGUUAAAUUUCAUGCUAAAGAGUGAGAGAGAGUUGUGAAAGAAGUUUAAAACGCUCUUUCGGUUUUUUAAAAAUAGUUUUAUAGAUUGUUUUUAGAGAGACUGGCGAACAGUACAGCCUAUAAAAGAGAACGUGGACACGCCCUAUUUUCCUGAUCCAAAGCAAAUAGCGGCAGUUUUGGCUGGAUCAGGUGUAGUAUGAUCUAAGGACCUUGUCCUUGUGAGGAAAUGCUGCUGUGUGGCAGCGCUCGUCUCCGCUUUUAUGCUCUUCAACUCGUUGCACCAGUUUAGAUAUUUGAUAGUAACAAGGCUAACAAGUUUCCCGUUUUAAUUUAGAACAUCUUUUCCAGAACAGUAACUGGCAUCCUUUACUGAAAGCCCUACUAACAGAAGACCUUUCUCUCUUGGUAUGUAUAUAAAUUCCAGGGAGAAUGUAGUGAAUGCAGAUUCUUUUGAAAUUUCGAUAUUAGAGUCAGUCAUGUAUGGGUAUUUCGGAAUUGGUACUUUUAAAAAGCACCCCUUCAGUACUGAGUGUACAGUGCAUUCAUAUUCUCUGUAUGAAUCCCUGUACUUUGAAAGGGUAGAGUACUUCAUUUGGACAUUUGACAGUCAUGAUUCAGCAGUAAAUGAAACCAAAAUAAAAUAAAAAAUUUUUAUUACCUUACUACAACAAAUUGUUACAGCCAUAUCAAGCCUUAGUAACGUUUGCAUGCAUGAAAAUAACUUUUCUAUACCUGCUUGUCCUAUGCAUGGUCACGAGGGUCUGCAACCUUACCCGGAAGCUAUGGGCACAAGGCGGGGAAUAACUCAGGAUGGUGCGCCAACCCAUCACAGGACACACUCACUAUUCUCACCGAUGGACAAUUUGGCAAUUGAAGAUUCACCAUUUGCACUAUAAGGGGAAACUGGAGAACCCAGAGGAAACCCCGUGAUGACACUGGGCGAACAUGCAAACCCCAUUCCCCUAGGCAGAGACUCAAACCCUGCUCUCCAGAGGUUUUGCCCAUGGCUUCUCCCAAGACGACGACCUUCUACUGAAACGAAGCGGUAGAACGAAAGAAAUGAAGAGUGAAGCGAAGAGUCAGCUGAGUUCUCGGAAAAGCGUCCAAACGCUGCUUCGCAGAGGCGUCAUUUCCAGGCAAAAGCGCGACGCGAUGUUUCCCAGUGGAGUUAAACCUUGUGUGCAGGAGAGUCUGCGGCAAGCUCUUGAAAACCAUCUGCAUUAUUUUCGUCUGCGAGUGUGCCAGGAGACAGUGUGGGAGGCCUUUAAGAUCUUUUGGGACCGCCUGCCGGAGCAGAGUGAAUACAACCUCUGGAUAAGCAUCUGCCUGGAAGGGACUCUCAGCACGUUUGAUAUUGGAGCCAACUUCAGUGAAUCAGAAGAGCAUAUAUCCCUGGCGCAAAGGAGAAUAUCAGUGAAUGCAACAUUUCGUUCUGAGGUCACUGAGGAGCCACAAUCCACAAGCACCAUCCAGGAAGAUGAAAACAUACAAGCGGCAGUCGCUGUCACCAAAGAGAUUAGCACAAAAGCUACCUUAGGAGCUGGACCAGAAGGUGCCCCAAAUGACACGUUGGGGUUCACUGUGGAGAGUGGUGUGGUGGUUACACAAGAUGUCAUACCAAAUGGUCCUCUGGAACUUGGCAUUGAAAUUACACCAGAUGGAACUGGAACCAACUCAGAGGAGAUGCCUGUUAGGGUCGUCUCCCAAAGUAGUCUGGUCAUGUCCUCUGAGGUUAUUCCUGACGUCACCAUGGAGGUUUCUCCAGAGGUCAUCCCCGAAAAAACUGUAGGGGUGACCCAAAAAUUCUUCUCUGAGGUCCCUGAGAUGAACACCCAAAAGGAUGUCACAUCUGAAGGGACGUGGGAAGCCGUUGUGAUGCAGAACAUCACUACUGAAGCCACACAGAAUGCCGUGGCUGCAAUGAAGUUUGGAGCAGUCAUCGCAACUCCAGGAAUGACUGUCAAAGAUGUGACUGUCGGUCCAGAAAGUGUUAUAGAGGAUGAAAACAUGAUCACUAAUGAGAUUGACGGCAUCGCCAGCAAGCCAGCGCAGCGCCGAGAGGAGCAGCUGGUGGAGCUCAGCGUCCAGCUGAAGGGGGAGAGCUACGACGAUGCUCUGAGAGAUCCUUCAAGCUCCGAGUACCGCCUCCUGGCUCAGCAGUUUGCUGAGAAGAUUGAAGAUGCUUUUGAAAAGCUGCCUGGUUUUAAAGAAAUCUACAUACUUGAAUUCAGGAAACAGAAGAAUUACAGAGGGAGAGACGUUGUGAUGGUCCACUAUGCCAUCACCCUGGAUGUCAGCUUUGGGGACAUCGGCGACGAGACCACAGACUACGACGACCUACUAUCAAAUUCGGUGGAGAAGUCGUACCCCGAGCUGGAUGAGCACCCCGCAGUGUUCCACACUGUGAUAGAUUUCCGCAACUACGUCGCAGAGGCCCUGUACAAGGAGAACCUAAUUGGAAACAGCCUGCUAGAUGUGGAUGCGUCCUCACUGCAGCUGGAGAGUGUUAGGACUGUGUUCUCUGGUGCAUCUAGACCAACUGGUGGACCAGUCAGCUCCAAUGACUUCAUGGUGAGAGAUGGGGCAUCCCCAGCCAACAUGAUUCCACCAAAUGACACGGUCAGCAUCUCUGAGCCAAAUACUAUGGGACAGUCACUAACAGUGUUCUUCAGCCUCAGGGUCAUAAACAUGAUGUUCUCCGAACUUCUGUUUAACAAGAGCUCAUCUGAGUACAAAGCUUUAGAGCAGAGCUUCCGUGAAUUGCUUGUACCUUACCUGCAAUCCAAUCUUAGCCACUUUCAAGACCUCGAGACCCUCAACUUCAGGAAUGGCAGUGUUUUGGUUAAUAGUAGAAUGAAAUUUGCCAGACCGGUGCCUCAAGGCAUCAGCAAUGCUGUUCAUCUCAUCCUGGUGGAACUUAACACUGCCUAUCAGACAAUGAACCUUGCCAUUGAUAAAUCAUCAUUGGCUGUGGAGUCAGGUGAAGAGGCAAACCCCUGCAAGUUCCAGAUGUGCAAUGAAUUCUCCAGAUGUGUGGUGAACCAGUGAUCAGGUGAGCCGGAGUGCGUUUGCGAUGCCGGCUACUUCAGUUUGGAUGGUCUGCCCUGCCAGAGUAUCUGCGAGCUUCAGAAGGACUUCUGCUUCAAUGACAGGAGGUGUGACAUCAUUCCUGGCCAGGGGGCUGUCUGUAGGUGCCGGAUGUGGGGGAGCUGGUGGUCCUGGGAUAAGCACUGUGAGGAAUACAUGUUAGAGCCCCUGGUGGUGGGAAUCGCCAUCGUCUCCAUGUUCGGGCUCCUGCUGCCUGCCUCCACCCUCAUUUUCUUCCUGGCUCAGACGCUGCGUCACCAGUAUGAAAAGAUGGAGGUGGAGGACCCCCACAGGUGAGAACAUGUGUCACGUUCACAGGAAAUACACGUUUAGGGGUUCAUUCCUGCUCAUGAAGACCUUUUCUUGUACCCUUGGCCACCGACUUGGCAAAAUUUCUGAACAGUGACAGAAAUAAAAUAAUAUCCAUAUUUUAUUCUUGCUUUGUCUUCAAAUAAAGUUUUUAGUGGAAAGGAUUGAUGAGUCUAGUGGCCUCCUGCCCUCACAGACUAUCGUAUGACAUGAAUGAUGGAUAAGAUGCUUACUCCAGCUGUAAGCUGUACCCUUAUGUAAUGUCAUUUAUUCGAGCCGUCUGGGUUUGGCAUUCACAUGACUUACUACUGUUUGUAUGCUCUAACUACGACUUUCUUAUGACCUGAAUAACUUUUAAUUCUGCUGCACACCAAGUACCUUAACAGCUGUAAAUUGAUACAUGUUAAGGUUACUGUUAUGUAAUGGGAGGGUGUCAUGAAAAGGGUGAUGACUGACUGACCUGAACUUUUUUCAUCUGCUGCACUUUUUUCGUUGUGGCACCCUGGCAGAUUGCUGGGGCACGUAUGUCAUUUGUCUGUGUGUAAACGUGUGUUUUGCUGCCCUUACAUCCUUACCAUCGCUCUUUCAUACUGUGGUAUCCGGACUUUGUGUCACGGAGCAGUGCUUUUUCUCUCCACUCGCAGGGAGGGCAUGUUAUCCAUUUAUGGGCUCAUGAAGUAUAACCCUGCGUAUGAGAGUGACAUUGGCACAGGGGGCAGCCACUACUACCCGAACUUUUAUGAGCACUGUGAAGUCCUUGUUCCG